AGAUCACCACGUUCGCAAAAAUUGUUCAUCACUUAUGCGAAAGAUUGGGUGCUCGUUCUCGUGAUGACGAUGGUAUUUUUUAGCAUCGAUGUCAUUCCCCCGUUUCGACGUGAGUUUUCAAUGACAGACAGCACGCUCAUGCAUCCAUACAAAACGCAUGAAAUCAUUCCGGUAUCCGUACUACUUGUUAUUUGCAUCGUCUGUCCAGCCAUCAUGAUCAUUACUAUCGCGCUUGGCGUUCGACGGAGUUUGCACGAUUGUCACAAUGCAUUGCUGGGUAGGCUCUUUUUGGCACUUUCCAUGACCAUUAUGACUACUGUUGUGAUCAAGGUCACAGUAGGCCGACCGAGACCUGAUAUGCUCGAUCGAUGCCAACCGCCCAAAGAUAUACCUAAUCCUCCCUUGGGUCUCCAGAAUUACACAAUAUGCACAACGGAUGUAAACUCGUACAAGAUGAAAGAUGGGUUCAAAAGCUUCCCAAGCGGGCAUUCUUCAUUUUCAUUUGCCGGCCUAGGUUUUCUUUCUUAUUAUCUCGCCGGGAAAAUGCACCUCUUUGACGAACUAGGACAUACGUACAAAAGUUUUGUAUUUGCGCUCCCUUUGCUGGGUGCUCUCAUGAUUGCUAUUUCAAGAGUGUGCGAUUAUCGACACCAUUGGCAAGAUGUGUUUGUGGGAGGGUUGCUGGGUGCCAGUUUUGCCUACUUUGCAUACCGGCAAUACUAUCCUUCUUUGUCAAGCAAUUAUUGUCACGAGCCCUAUGCUCUUCGUAUU